AUGCCAGUGGCCAAGGAUCAAAUGGCUAUCUUCAGAUUCCGUUGCUUCUGCUUCACUAUUCUCCUCCUCUCCACAAUUUCAUCCAUCUCAUUCCUCUUCUGGUAUCAAUGCUCAGGUCCAUGUAACAGUUCUGAAACCCAGAUGCCAUGGCAGAAGCAAAGCCAAGCAAUAAAUCUACUCUCUCAUGCUUCUGCCUGGAAUCAUCUCUCUUUCUCUGCACAGCCACCACCAAAGCUCCUCAAAGUUGCACUCUUUGUGAAGAAAUGGCCUCAUAGAUCUCACGCUGGAGGGCUUGAACGCCAUGCUCUCACUCUUCAUCUGGCACUCGCCAGAAGAGGCCACGAGCUUCACGUUUUCACGGCCUCACCAACAGCCGCCAACAAUGCCUCCUUCCCCAGGUAUCCGAUGACCAAUUUACAUUUCCACCUCUCCCAACCAACAUCCGCAGGCUAUUUAGACCAAGCCAUAGUCUGGAAGCAGCUUCAGCUUCAGAACUCAACUUCCAGACCCUUUGAUGUGAUCCACACGGAAAGCGUGGGACUGCUGCAUACCAGGGCCAGAAACCUGACCAAUUUGGCCGUCACUUGGCAUGGGAUAGCUUAUGAGACUGUUCACACAGACAUUAUUCAAGAGCUUCUGAGAAGUCCUGAGGAGCCUCAAUCAUAUGCACUGGCGGAAAGAGUGAUGAAAGUUGUAGAUGAGGUGAGGUUCUUUCAAAACUAUGCUCACCAUGUUGCUACCAGUGAUCACGCUGGAGAUGUAUUGAGAAGAAUCUAUAUGAUCCCAGUAGAGCGAGUUCACGUUAUUCUGAAUGGCGUAGAUGAGGAGAUCUUCAAACCUGAUUCUGUAAAAGGGAUGGAAUUCAAAAGGAAGUUCGGUGUGCCGGGAAGAAAGACAUUAGUAUUAGGCAUGGCUGGAAGAUUAGUGAAGGAUAAAGGGCACCCCUUGAUGUUUGAAGCGCUGAAGCAGCUGAUAGCUGAGAAUGGCGCCUUUCGGAAUGAUGUUAUUCUUCUGGUUGCUGGAGAUGGUCCAUGGGCUGCAAGGUACAAAGAUCUGGGAGCUGGUAGUAUUAUAGUUUUGGGGCCAUUGGACCAUGUUCAGCUUGCCAGCUUCUACAAUGCAAUCGAUAUUUUUGUUAACCCAACGCUUCGAGCUCAGGGGCUGGAUCAUACACUGCUAGAGGCAAUGCUGUCUGGCAAGCCGGUGAUGGCUACACGAGUGGCUAGCAUCACUGGCUCUGUGAUUGUGGGUGGAGAGAUGGGUUAUACAUUCUCUCCCACUGUGGCUUCACUAAAGAAGGCUCUGUCCAAAGUGUGGGAAGAUGGAAGAGAGGUUUUGGAGAAGAAAGGAGAGGCUUGUAGACAGAGAGGUUUACAGCUUUUCACAGCUACAAAAAUGACUGCUGCUUAUGAAAGGUUGUUCCUUUGUAUUUCAACUGCUGGGAACAGGGAUGAACAAGAUCUUUGUCAAUAUCGUGGGUAA